AUGGUGAGAUUAGGCGAGUGUCUUCGUCGCGGUGACGGAACACUGAAAAAUGAAGUUAAAGCUUUUUAUUGGUGCAAUAAAGCAGCUGCGAUUGAUAAAAACAAUAAUAAGACAUUAGCGAAUUGUCUGAUCGCUGAUUUCUAUUCAAGUGGGAUUGGCAUUAAGAAAGACGUACACGAGGCAUUGAAAGUUUAUCAUAGUGUUGUGAAAACGGGACAACUUGAUGUUAAGAGAGAUCUAAAAGUAGCUCUUAAAAAAUCAAAACAUGAUACAUUUUCCUUCAUGCCAAUGCAGGAUUAG